CUGCCAAAACAGUGGCGUCAAAGAAAACAAAUAUGGCUGCCUCCUCCAAUAGGAAUGUAUAUCCCCAAAUGAUAUUACUGUGAGUGCCUCUAUUGCUACUAUUACCAUUCGCUGGUGAGAAUACUUGUGAUUGAUUGUAGUGUAUCGAUGACUGCCUAUCAAAAUAUGCAAGAGAUAUAUCUGAAUGUCCACCUUUCCACCUCUCGUAGCUCUUGCUACGAUGAUUUGUGGAUACACUGAAGUCUGAUAAAGCAGGAAGGAACCGUCGCAAUCAAUGAUGAGUGUCGAGACGGCAGUUGUUUCCUGGCUGGCAGGCUCGGUUGCUGUGCUUUGGCUCUGUCAUGGCUCUUACUUCCUAACACUACUGUUGCCCCUUGCGGCCCUUAGCUUGAUUGCUGGUCUGACUUCUUUUAGUUAUAUGAUAGAAAUUGUAGAAGGAAAAACGGAAUCCGAUCCUUUGACGGCCGCUCUUAGAUCUGGUGCGGAAACUGAAGUAACUAUCUCGGACUCAAAUAUACCCUUUCAAGGAAUACCACAUAUCACAAGGUCUGUUUUAUCCCCUUCACGCAAACCGCGUCGCGAGCGUUACCUGACAGGACACUCCGUCAUAGACGAAUCGUUGUCUGACGUUCUGCAACUCCUCUUUCGGGACUACGUACUCCCAUGGUAUUCUCGUCUGUCUACUGAUGAAUCUUUCUUGGCUCACAUUAAGGACCUCUUUCAUGAAGUUGUCGUUAACCUGUCAAACAAGGCUAAAGAAGUUGAUUGGGUAAAUUACUUGACAGUAAAUCUGGUAGACGACUUUGCAUCCCAUCUGCGGUUAUUCCGACAGGCUCAGGCAAAGGUGCAGAGACGUCCGCACCAGGAAUCGAGCUAUUCGAAUGGAAGAGCUAACGCUGAUCAUCUCCUGCAUACCUUCUUCAGAAUGGAGACGGCCAUGGAACGUGAGCUUUGUCGAGACCUUGUUUGCAUUUCUAAAGAACGAGAGAUCCAGUACCUUCAACAAGUAUCAGAAGUGCUACUGUACCUUCUGCUUCCCCCUGCUGACUUCCAAAAUCAUGUGACUCGUGCAUUCCUUCGUGAGCUAAUAGCCAACAUCGUCUUAUUACCAGUAAUAGAUAUGAUCACCGAUCCCGAUUACAUUAAUCAGACUAUUGUAUGGAUGGUACGUCAACGCAAUAAGGGCAUCUACAAAGGCGAUGAAAAGGAUAAUAAGGAAGCUGUCGUUCCCUCAGAAGAUUUCUUAGCUGUACUUCGUUGCACUGAUAGCCUGGAUGAACUAGUCGCUACUCAACAGAUUGUCAGGCAUGAGAUCGCUGUUCAACGCAGUCGAGAUACCGGCGGUGAGCAAGACGAGCAAGUAAAACAGCAGCUCAAAUCGCUGUUCUACGUUGAUGAAAUUAUCACAAAGCGUAUCCAACGGCUAGAAGAUGGCACGUUUGAUGCAGAUUCCAGUGGUCUUCCGUGUCCAGCCGAUCUGAAAAAGCUCAUGGCGAACGAGCUAUGCAAUCUUUCGUUCGACGAUAUCCUUUGCAAUAACAUUGCACUUUCAUAUUUCAUCGAAUUUAUGACAUCUGUUGGAGCUCAAAACCUGAUCAUGUUCCAUUUACAUGUUGAGGGUUUUAAGACUUCAGCAGAACAAGUGGCUCCUGGAGGGCGGGAUAUUCCAUCAGGAACACGUUUAGAGGGAUCAGUUCAGAGCUUGCGUGAAGCAGCUCAGCAUAUAUACAAUACGUACCUCUCUGAGCAAGCGUCUCCUCGAAUACCAGUGGACCAGAAGCAUAUAAGGAAAUUUGUAAAACGCUUUUCAGCUGAAAAGUUUAACAUGAAUUGGUUUGAUGACGUACAGGCAGAGGUUGUGGAACAAAUGCAAGAAGCAAAGUUCUUCGGCGCAUUCAAAAAGAGUUCCUAUUAUAUACGACUGCUCAUCGAACUCGAGUUAAUAACAGAGCCGCGCGAGCCUAGCCUUAAAUCGGACGAAGAUCUAGAUUCCGUGGGAUUAUCGCUUGGCAUUUGCUCGUACGGCAGCGGAGACGAUUCAGCCAGCCUUAAUAGUUUAGAACCAGGCAGCGACGAGGUCGAAUUCUUGACGCCACCACCAGACGAACUGUUGGCAGGAAGCGCAACAGCGCCAACGCUGCCGCUAACAGGCGACAGCGCGGCGGCAGAAAGCUACCUUUGCGCAGCUAUUUACAAUACGGGAAUUGUGCGACGUGGUGCGUCGACUUACGCACUGUAUGCGAUUUCCGUGACGAAACUCGAACCCAAUCAGAUGGAGGCCAAGUGGUGCGUGUUUCGUCGAUAUUCAGACUUCUAUGAGUUCCACAGCAAGCUUCAGAGGCAGUUUCCUCAUGUACUGACGACUCCAUUCCCUGGCAAAAAAACGUUCAACAAUAUGUCAACAGCUUUCUUGGAGCAGCGCAAAACUCAAUUAAACAUGUAUCUGCAGAGCGUACUUCAACCUACUAUUCUGAACAAUAAGGAUAACUUGGAAAUGGCCAAGCUCGUGGAACAAUUUCUUGAGCCAGGGAGAUACGAACACACUGUUAAAAAAAGCAAACGAGGAAUGGGCGUGAUCGUGAAUCCGCUAAGAAGUUCGGUGAAAAGCGUCGGUUCGAUGGUGAAAAAUGUUCCCGAGAACAUUUUUGACGGAUUGAAAGACGGACUUGGCAGGGUUAUGCGAUCUAGGGCAGCGGAGCAGCUUGAAGAUAGUUCUAAGGUUGGUGCGGGCAUUGAUGUCGACGCGGAUGACAAUAUUCCGUUCCGGAUCCUGCUCUUACUCAUGGAUGAAGUAUUUGACCUCAAGGCGCGAAACACUUGGCUCAGGCGGCGCAUAAUUGUCAUUCUGAGACAGAUAGUAAAAACCACUUUUGGAGACACUAUAAACCGAAAGAUCGUAGAAUCGGUUGAAGAACGUACUUCAUCAGACCAAAUUGCGGAGUAUGUUAAAACACUGAAAAAUGCACUGUGGCCUAAUGGGAUCCCGGCGGAACAAGGUAGAGAACGUGACCCUGAAACUAAAAGCAGAACCCGCGUGGCUGCUAAAAUGCUGCUUUUGUGUAGUGUAACAGAUGACCUGAGACGUAUCAUUGGUAGUGACACCACACGCCGUGGAAUGCUGUGCGUUUUUGAGAUGUUCCAGCAACAAGCAUUGAAUCGCCGACUCGUGUACGUUCUCAUGGAAGGAAUGCUCGCGUCUCUAUUUCCUAACAAUAAAUUCUGUGAACUCUUUCGAAAAUGGCAUGCGACCUCACCAACAAUCUCAAUGGUCAGUGUAUACUCUGGUAGCACUGGGGGUGGUGCUAGGUCACCUCUAGCAACACCUGAGACUGCUCAUCGACAAAUGGCAGCACCUUCUUCGACUAGCGUAUUAACCACCGAGGCUAUUGGAAGCGGAACCAGAUGACGUUAUCAAGAGGUGGGACCAUCGGAGCGUCCCGCCUCGAGCAACUGUACCACGAGCAGUACCGCACGGCUAACAGAUCCUCCUCUAUCCCAACAUCAACAACAAGUAUGGAACGAUCCAGGAAAUCGAAUCGAUGUAACAAGGCGCCACAAAAGACAUCAUUCCAACUUCUUAUGAAAAUUUUAAUUCUUCAUAAACACAAACCCAAGAAAAAGCAAUACCUUACAAGAACUUAUUGUGCGAACUAUAUAUUUGAACUAUGAAGAUAAAGCAGUGUGAUAUUAUAAUUGACAAGUUAAUAAGGAAAGCUGUAAUAUGAAAAUCAUGUUAUGCGUGAGCAUCGGAA